CUUCGCCGCCAUCCGACUCGUCUGGAGCCAUUCUGUCCUCCCCUCGCCCAACAACAUGACGGCCGCACGCUCGGAGCUCCUCGACUAAAUAUAAACUCGCCUGACUACGCCGUGAAGGAAUUGUUCCAGCUGAGACGCCCGGAGACCACCGCCACAAAGGGGGAGGUGGGGGUUGCUGAGUUCACAAUGACCAACGAGGAGCCUUUGCCCAAAAAGGUUCGCCUCAGUGAAUCUGAUAUGAAGACCUUGACCAGAGAGGAGCUGUGCACCAGAUGGAAACAACAUGAGUCGUAUGUGCAGGUCCUGGAGGCCAAAUACACAGAGCUUUGCUCCAAUGAUGUCACGGGCCUGAAGGAAUCUGAGGAGAAGCUCAAGCAGCAGCAGCAGGAUUCCGCACGCAGGGAGAACAUCUUGGUCAUGCGGCUUGCCACCAAGGAGCAGGAGUGCACAACGCACAUCCAGUACCUGAAGCAAGCCCAGCAGCCCAGUGCGGCACAACUGCGCUCGUCCAUGGUGGACCCGGCCAUCAACUUGUUUUUCCUCAAAAUGAAGGCUGAACUGGAACAGACUAAAGACAAACUGGAGCAGGCCCAAAAUGAACUGAGUGCCUGGAAAUUUACACCUGAUAGCCAGACGGGGAAGAAGCUGAUGGCCAAGUGUCGGAUGCUGAUCCAAGAAAACCAAGAGCUGGGGAAGCAGCAGUCCCAGGGACGCAUCGCCCAGCUGGAGGCCGAGCUGGCCCUGCAAAAGAAGUACAGCGAGGAGCUGAAGAGCAGUCAAGACGAGCUGAAUGACUUCAUCAUCCAGCUGGAUGAGGAGGUGGAGGGCAUGCAGAGCACCAUCCUGGUCCUGCAGCAGCAACUCAAGGACACCCGGCAGCAGCUCACCCAGCCUCCUCAGGGGGUCCCUGCGGGGCCCAGCAGGAGGUCGCCGGCCGCCGAGCCGGCCGAGCAGGGCGCCGACCCUAAGGAGAAAGACUUCGGGAGGGUGUCCAACGGGCCCAGCAAGGCGGCCUCUUCCCAGAAAGGCGCCGCCAAGCCCAGCCUGUACCGGGAGGUUAGCAGCACCGACGAAGACUUUGCCGUGUCGCCCAUGGCGUCCAGCCCAGGAGAAGCCGAGACCAAACUGUCCAACCACUCGGAGGAGGUGUCGGGGAGCCAGGGCGGUGCCGCCCGGGCGGGGGCGCCCGCCGGUUUGAGCGCGGGGUACGAGAGCGUGGACUCUCCGACGGGCAGCGAGACCUCAUUGACUCAGCACUCGAACGACACGGACUCCACCGCCGACCCCCACGAGGACAAGGCUGCCCAGGUCACCAAGGGCACCAGGACUUCACGGCACGCUCAAAACGGCCUGGACUCCACCACAAGCGACGGCACCGUUUUGUAAUGUACCUUUAGGGGAAAAAAAUUGAUGGUCUCUCUCUUUUCUUUUUGUUUUAUACAGAAUACAGAACAUGACAACAAAUGCAUAGUGUGUAACGCAGCACUGCUGUCAGGCAUUUUGUUUUCCUGCCCUUCCCCCUUUGCUUCUUGUGAAACACAUUUAGGAACACGAGAGAUGGUUAAUGUUAGACACAAAUGAGUGGAUGUUUAAUUUAAAAGAACAACAACACUAGUACGUUUCAUUCUGCUGUUAAUUUGAGUCGGCCUCACAUCAGCUGUUGUAACCCGUUCAAGUUCAAAAAUUAUACGGCAUAAACAUCACACUUAUAUUGACCUGUGUUCAUAUUUUUUUAUUUCAAUUUUAAAAUUUCAUUUUAAAACAUCAGUUCAAAAGAUUCUGUGAGUAGUUUAUAAGAGAUGUUCAUAUUCUGACAUCAGUCCUUUUCAUGUACUGACCAAAUACCAAUAAAGAAUUUUAAUACAAAGGAAAGCCA